AAUGGGAGGGCUCUUCGAUAUCUUCCUCCUCCUCCUCCCUGCACUGCUCCCCAGGAGCAAGUGGACACAAGCAGAGGGAUACAAAUUUCGCGCGGGCAGCGCUGAGGUGGGCCGUAAAGAGGAACGGACCGGAAGUGGUGGUUGUCAUAGCCACCAAUGUGGCCAGGCUCUUCCCAAGCUUAUCCUCCUCCCAAUACUCCCGUUCUGUUUUUAUGAGGCCGGGAAAAUAGAACGAGGAAGUGGUGACGCACUGGGCGCUCACGAAUACAACCAGAAACUACCACAACUGUGUGGCCCUAUGGAUUCGGGAGAGGUCCAGACCGGAAAUGGCCGUUUCCAUGGUAACCCUGAGCCGGUUGCCUGGGAGAUGACCUCUUUCGGGUCUCUCUGAAUCUCUGCUGUAGCGUCACCUCGAAGGCAGAUCUAACAGAGAUCCUGGACUGUCUCCUAUCAUGAUUCCCGGGAAAUAUCGCUCUGUUUCUGGCCGGGCUGCGAACAACGUGAACUGUGGGCUUCAUCUGGUUAUUCAAACAUCAUCGCUUCCUGAAAAAAGCAAAGUUGAAUUCAAGCUAAAUAAAGACACAUCGUCAUUCCCCGGUAGACUUUUACAACAUGACCUUGAAAGAAACUACUCAAGUAGGCAAGGUUUUACCAAGAAUAUAAAGAAUGUAAAAUGAGGUUCAUCACCCAAGGAGCUUGUAAAUUUAAUUUGGAAGACAAGGGCUACAUAUCUGGUGAUCAUAUUAAUUUGGUGAGCUCAUCAUUGUCAUCAUUUCCUAUUCUUCAACGUUCUUCUGAAGAGAAAAUUCUUUACUCAGACAGGUUGAGCCUAGAAAGACAAAAGCUGACCGUAUGUCCUAUCAUCAAUGGGGAAGACCACCUUCGUUUGUUGAACUUUCAACACAAUUUUAUAACUCGGAUACAAAAUAUUUCUAAUCUACAGAAGUUAAUAUCCUUGGAUUUAUAUGAUAACCAGAUUGAAGAAAUCAGUGGGCUUUCUACUCUAAGAUGCCUUCGUGUCCUUCUGUUGGGGAAAAACAGAAUCAAGAAAAUCUCAAAUCUGGAGAAUCUAAAAAGCUUAGAUGUCUUGGAUCUUCAUGGAAAUCAGAUUACCAAAAUUGAAAAUAUUAAUCAUUUGUGUGAGUUGAGAGUUUUAAAUCUUGCUAGGAACUUUUUAAGUCACGUUGAUAAUCUUAAUGGGCUGGAUUCACUAACUGAACUGAACUUGCGACACAAUCAAAUCACUUUCGUGAGAGAUGUGGAUAAUUUGCCCUGCCUCCAACAUCUCUUUCUCAGCUUCAACAAUAUAUCUAGUUUUGACAGUGUUUCCUGCCUUGCUGACUCUUCUUCCCUCUCUGACAUCACCUUUGAUGGCAAUCCCAUAGCUCAAGAGUCAUGGUACAAACACACUGUCCUUCAGAAUAUGAUGCAGCUGCGCCAGCUAGAUAUGAAGAGAAUCACGGAAGAAGAAAGGCGUAUGGCAUCUGUUUUAGCCAAAAAAGAGGAGGAGAAGAAGCGAGAAAGUCAUAAACAAUCUUUGCUUAAGGAGAAGAAAAGGUUAACAAUUAACAACGUAGCUCGACAGUGGGACUUGCAACAACAACGAGUAGCCAAUAUUGCUACAGAUGAAGAUAGAAAAGAUUCUGACUCUGCUCAGGAUCCCUGUCAGAUUGAUGGAAGCACCCUCUCUGCAUUCCCAGAGGAAACAGGGCCUCUAGACUCAGGACUCAACAAUGCUUUACAAGGUUUAUCUGUCGUAGACACAUACCUUGUUGAAGUGGACGGGGAUACACUUUCCCUAUAUGGCUCAGGAGCACUGGAAUCUCUGGAUAGGAAUUGGAGUGUUCAGACGGCAGGAAUGAUCACAACUGUCUCCUUCACUUUCAUAGAAUUUGAUGAAAUCGUCCAUGUGCUUCCUAAACUGAAGAUUAAGUUUCCUAAUUCUCUGCACCUUAAAUUCAAGGAAACAAAUCUUGUAAUGCUGCAGCAAUUUAAUGCACUAGCACAACUCCGUCGUAUUGACCAGUUGACAAUUGAUCCUCAAGGAAAUCCAGUUGUCAAUUUUACACUCUGGAAAUAUUAUGUACUGUUUAGGUUAAGCCAUUUUAGUAUGCAGAAAAUAAAUGGAACAGAGGUGACACAGAAUGAUAUGAUAAUGGCUGAAAGGCUCUUUGGAAUCCUAGCACAUGUAGCGUCUUCUGAGUUACCCCAGUAUCGUCUGAUUUCCAUUCUGGGUGAUGCCAGGAAAAAGCAAUUUCGGUAUCUGCUAGAAUCCAAAGGAAAAAAACCUGGUAUUAUCAACGAAGAAAAUAAUGACAGCAAAAGACUUGUAGGAGAAAACACAAAUCGUGCUACAUUAAAUUAUACUACAAAAGACUUUUAUAAUGAAAAGCUAGAGGAAAUAAAGGAAAAGAAGAAAUUCUGUAAAACGUAUAUAGAAGACCUUGUGAAGGAAGCCACAGAAAUCAACAUGAAAAAUGAGGCUUUGCAGAAGCUUUGGCCACAGAUGUUCAUUGAGCUUGUUAGGGAUGCAGUUAUAGAAAUUCGCAAUAAAAAUUCCUAUAUGAAGCUCUGCCUACAGCAGAUAACAGACCAAAAAUAAAGAUGGCCUUUAGUUACAGUUGA